CACGCCCCUCCCAUGAUCUGUCAGAUUCAAGAUGGCUGCUGGGGACUACAGUGGUAGGCCUCCCUCCUUACAUUUCUCCUGCCCAGGGCCUUUGGGAAAUGGCCAGCCCAGCAACAGUGGUUAUUCAAUGCCUACGUCUAACGGUGGGCCCACUGGUGCGACCGGAGGGGUUCAGGGGCCUGCAAGGCGCCCCAACCCGCAGUCGGGGCCUGGCGGAGGCGAAAGCGCCGGUGUUGCAGCUGGAACUCAACCGACUGUGCAGAACUCGAUUCAGCAAGCGUCAGCUCAAAGCGCUGCGGCAAGGGGGGCCUCCGGAGCAACGGCUGCGAGUGUAACAGGAACCCAUUCCUCACUGUCGUCAGCACCACCGGCCGCUGAUGUUUUGGUUUACCGGGAGCCCGUGUACAACUGGCAGGCGACGAAAAGCACCGUAAAGGAACGGUUUGCUUUCCUGUUCAAUAACGAGGUUCUGAGUGACGUUCAUUUUCUGGUGGGGAAAGGUAUGGGAGUGCAACGAAUACCCGCACACAGAUUCGUUCUCGCUGUGGGCAGCGCAGUCUUCGAUGCCAUGUUCAACGGGGGUAUGGCGACCACCUCAACGGAAAUCGAUUUGCCAGAUGUCGAACCUGCAGCCUUUCUGGCAUUACUGAAGUUCCUGUACUCUGAUGAGAUCCAAAUAGGGCCUGAGACGGUGAUGACCACUCUGUACACGGCUAAGAAGUAUGCAGUGCCAGCCUUGGAGGCCCACUGUGUGGAAUUCCUCAAGAAGAACCUGCGGGCAGACAAUGCCUUCAUGCUGCUCACUCAGGCUCGACUUUUCGAUGAGCCCCAGCUUGCCAGCUUGUGUCUAGAGAACAUCGACAAGAAUACCGGAGAUGCUCUAGCAGCUGAAGGUUUCACUGACAUAGAUCUGGAUACUUUAGUGGCUGUGCUGGAGCGGGACACUCUGGGUGUGAGGGAGGUGCGUUUAUUUGUUGCGGCGGUACGCUGGGCAGAGGCAGAGGCCCACCGGCAGCAGCUACAGCCCACCCCAGAGAACAAGCGCAGGGUCCUGGCCAAGGCCCUCGCCCUCAUCCGCUUCCCACUCAUGACUAUCGAAGAGUUUGCCGCAGGACCGGCCCAGUCCAGUAUCCUGACAGACAGUGAGGUGGUGAGCCUGUUCCUUCACUUCACGGUGAACCCAAAGCCCCGCGUAGAGUUCAUCGACCGGCCUCGCUGCUGCCUGCGGGGGAAGGAGUGCAGCAUCACACGCUUCGGACAGGUGGAGAGCCGCUGGGGCUACAGUGGGACCAGUGACCGUAUACGGUUUUCAGUGAACAGGAGGAUCUUCGUGGUGGGCUUUGGCCUCUACGGCUCCAUACACGGCCCCACAGACUACCAAGUCAACAUCCAGAUCAUUCACACAGAUAGUAACACAGUGCUGGGUCAGAACGACACAGGCUUCAGCUGUGAUGGCUCAUCCAACACCUUCAGAGUCAUGUUCAAGGAGCCGGUGGAGAUCCUGCCCAACGUCAACUACACAGCCUGCGCCACACUCAAGGGUCCUGACUCUCACUAUGGGACCAAGGGAAUGCGUAAGGUGACUCACGAGUCGUCCUCCACUGGCACCAAGACAUGCUUCACCUUCUGCUAUGCUGCGGGCAACAACAACGGCACCUCAGUAGAAGACGGACAGAUCCCCGAAGUCAUCUUCUACACCUAGUCCUCACUGGACUGCUGAGACUCAGGCCCUGUUUGGAUUGUGGAAGCCACACCCAGUUCUGCCAGUGGUGAAGGAGGCAUCAACAAUUAGAGCAUGGUCUUUCUCUCUCAACUCCCACUGACCAUGGAGGGGUCUGUUUGAGGGAUGUCAGCUUGUUUUACUUUGAGAACUAUUGACUCUAACUUGGGAAAAGGAGGAAAGCUUGACAUGUAUUUACAGAGCCACCCCUUUAUGGUCUGUCUGCAGCUAAAAGCAUGUGGGAGUGAGAUGCAUCCAGCUACUCCAAUGUAUAUAAUGAACACUGUUACACUAACAAAAUGGGAAAUAUCUUUAACCAUCAGGUCUCCAUAUUCAAAAUGUUGACUCUGGGCAUGUAAUUUGUCUGUACAGGAUGUCCCUCUGGUUAUUUGUCAGGUGGACAAUGCUGCAGGAUGUUCAGCUCUCACUACCACCAUGAAAUAGUCGGGUGCGGAAUUGCGCUCCAAGAUUGUUAAAGUAUUGUUUAAAAUGAGGAUAAGACUUUUCUAAACGGUUAUAUUAAAAUGUCUGCUCUUGAACAGGGCAGUCUAAAUCAA